AUGGGAUUAAAUAGCCACUGUACAGAGAAAUUACAGGAGGAAAUUAGGGAAGAUCUAGGCGAAAUAAGGAUUUCUGCUAAUAAUGAUAUUGGAGCAGUACUGCAAAGACUAAACAAAGGAAAAGGUAAUGACGGUGAUGGCGGUUGUGGUGGUGAUGGUGGUAAGAGUGGUGGGGUUGUGGGCCUGAGGAUGGAGAAGGAAAGAGGUGGUAGUGAGACUGCUGGAGCAGGUGGUGGUGACAGGACUCGAGAAGUUCCGUUUGGGGUUUUUGGUAAUAAUGGUGGUGAUUAUGGUGAAGCUGUAGUCGAAAGAUUGCUUGGAUUCAAGCAGGAUGGAGCAACGGUGACUAUGCAAGUGGCAGUUAGAGUGGUGAUGUUGUUGAUGAUGGUGAUAGUGAUGGUGAUGUUUAUGGUGGUGUUGGUGUUGGUUAUGGUGAAGAUGGAAGUUAAGCGGUAG